AUGAGCAAAGGAUCAGCUUUAGGAAUCUUGGACGUACGUAAAGCUUAUUUAGUAGUCAACAAGCCAGCUGGCGUUUUCUCACAGCCUCCAGAUAUGGCAAAAUGGCGUCGAAACCAUGGGGAAAGUCAACCACCUUUGCUUUUAGAUAUGGUACGUUCUUCGAUGCGACAGCACCAACUUGAAUGUGACGGAUUGAGAACUGUUCAUAGAUUAGAUACAAACGUUACCGGCGGCGUUCUUAUAGCUAGGGACAAGAACGCAGCAGCUCUUUUUUCAAGAUAUCUCAGAAAAGGCGGCAACAGUGGACACAAGCUUGUAAGGAAGUACGUAGCUCUGGUAGAUGGAACAGCAAGUGGGCUGGCCAACGAAGGAGUGCUGGAGAGUAAUGGCAUGAAAACCUGGUAUCGGAAAAUUGAUUCUGGGGCGUUGAUGCUGCAGCUCAGAACCGGUAAAAAACAUCAGAUAAGGAGACAAUUGGUACAAGACUUGAGUCUGCCGAUCUUGAACGAUGUCAAAUACGGGGCACGACCGAUCCCCUCAGCAGGUUACCUAAUAGGGCUGCAUUCGGCUUCCAUUCACACGCAAGUGGGACUGCAAAAGGAAAUCCACCUGAUCCCAGUCGAUCUAGGACGAACAUCUUUGUGGUCGGCUUACGUUGACGAGACAGGCAGUUUCAAUCCACAAGUGCAAAAAAUGCUUGUUGAAGACUGGGGAGUCGAUUAG